AUGAUAUCAGCGAUGGAGUCGCACUUGAUUAUUAAUCCCACCAGGUCAGCCGCUGUCUUUGCUCUUUACUGCUCUUAAUUGAGUUAAUCCUCUUGCAGCCAUCAUUGCUCUGUGCGCCACCAAAGACACUUCAUGGCGAAGCUGAGGGACCUCAUAGGGGCGAUGAAGGACAAGGCCUCACAGGGCAAAGCUGCCUUGCUCUCCAAACGUGCCACCCUCUCCCUCCUACGCGCCACCAGUCAUGACUCCUUCACUCCUCCAACUCCUAAACACCUCUCCACCCUCCUCUCCUUAGGCGACGGUUCACGCGCCACCGCGGCCCCCGCCAUCGAAAUCCUGAUGGACCGCCUCCAGAAAACCCACAACUCCGCCGUCGCCCUCAAGUGCCUCAUCGCCGUCCACCACAUCAUCAAGCACGGCACCUUCAUCCUCCAGGAUCAGCUCUCCGUCUACCCUGCCUCCGGCGGCCGAAACUACCUGAAACUCUCCAAUUUCCGAGACAACAGUAGUCCCAUCUCGUGGGAGCUAUCUUCCUGGGUUCGAUGGUACGCCCAAUACAUGGAGCAGGUUCUAUGCAGUUCCAGAGCCCUGGGUUUCUUCCUGGGAUCAAAUUCUUCAUCCGACGCAGAGUCGCAAGAAGAGAGAGUGUCGGGUCUCAUGAACGCAGAUUUGUUGGGAGAGACGGACGCUUUGGUGGCACUGAUCGACGAAAUCGGAAGAAAACCGGACUGUGGAUCCACGAAGGGGAACAGAUUAGUGGAAGAGAUAGAGAAUUUGGUGGGCGAGGAUCGGGCUUCGAUAAUGAAAGAGGUGUGGGUGAGAGUGAAGGAAUUCAGAGAGAGACUGGGAUGCCUGAGCUUCGGGGAAGCGGUGGAAUUGGUUUGUGAAUUGAAGAGAAUGGAGGAAAGUAAAGAGAUGAGGACGAUGGUGGCGGAACAGAACUUCUGGGACGCUGUGAGCGAAGUGAAGGAGAAGGCUAACCUGGAGGUUCUCAAUCAAGAUGUUAAGGCGUACAAAGCCGUGAGGAGACACAGGGCCAGCGAAUCAGAUCGGUUUGCGAGGUCAAUUCUCAGUUCUGCUGAUUAUCUCCGAUUUCCCUCCGGAAGGUUAUUGUUGUAGUUAUGGAAACUGUUUUCCUCCUUUUGGUGGGGAUCGUGAUUUACAUAUUACAAUUGCAUAUAAGCUUCAUUUAAUUGAGAAAUUAAUUAUCCUUGUGUUAGCCACUGGGUUCUGGAAAAUUUUCUGGAUUUGAUUAUCUGCACAGAAACUAUGCUGGAUGAUACGAAAUAAGCACGCGAAUCCAAGACGAAGAUGGAAGUUGUGCAUGGGCUGCGUCCGGACGAAGAGGGAAUUUUCUGCUAACCAACCCGUAAUCGCUAAUUAAAAGGUGCAUCCCAUGUGAAGGCCACUCGUAUGGAACCACAAACUACGCAAUUUACUCGUAUUAGAUAAGUUUUUAGGAGAGCAGACAAAUGUUGCGAGUCAACAGGCCGACACAGGUGCAGUUGAGUAUAGUAGGGACAGCUAAUAACUGGAAGUCAUCCGGUGCGGAAAUAAGUACCUUAGACAAACUGAUUUUUGGAGAGCUCAACUUAUCCAUUAUUUAUUGACCUUAGUGUGUUUGCAUUUAUAGUGAUAGAAAUUGCUUUACCUAAUCAUUGUUCGUGUGCUUCCCAUAUUCAGAAUCCUUCAAAUCUUGUCCGUUUAAAUUAGCACAGCCUUUUACUGAUUUGGCUGUGUUAUUUUAUUUACCUAAGCCUUUAAACAUUUGAGAGGCAA